AUGAAAUCAACAUCAGGCAACCUUCAAAUCUCUCUGUCUUUUCUCUUGUUUGUCUUCGUUUCACCUUUCUCUUCUGAGGCCAACAAUAAUGACCUUCUACUCUCUUCAAGAUCUCAGUACCUUAAACAGGAAGCAGAGAAGCUGAUCAGAGAGCUUAACCUUUCCCCAAGACAUUAUAAACACUCUGUACCCCAUGACUCUCUCCUAGUCCCUGCAGGCAAGAUCGUUGAGAAAAAGUUCAUCAGAUUCCCUAACCUUGUCCUUGAUGCAGCUGCUGGGCCUUCUGUUCAAGACUUUGGUCGCCAUGCUGGCUAUUAUGGACUCCCACAUUCCCAUGGCGAAAGGAUGUUCUACUUAUUCUUCGAAUCCCGGAACAGGAAAAAAGGUGGAGAUGCUUGCGAGUCUGCUUUCUAUAAUUGUAAUCAAAACAUAUUUGAACAAAUCUUGGCCGCUUCUGACAAUGUUAAUUACUAUGACAUAAGAAAGAAAUAUGAAGUAGUGCCUGGGUGCUAUGAUUUUUCAAGCAUGGAGACAUUCCUAAACAAGAAAGAAGUGAGGGAUGCUUUAGGUGUGGGAGACCUGGAAUAUGUUUCAUGCAAUCAACAAGUAUACGCUGCUAUGAGGAGUGACUGGAUGAGAAAUCUGGAAUUGGGUAUUCCUGCUCUUCUCCACGACGGCAUUAGAAUGCUCGUGUAUGCUGGAGAAAAGGAUCUUAUUUGCAACUGGCUCGGAAAUGCAAGAUGGGUUAAUGCAAUGGAUUGGUCAGGUCAGAAGGCAUUUCUAGCAUCCCUAAAUGUGUCCUUCGUGGUUGAUGGUAAAGAGGCCGGAAAGUUGCAAAGCCAUGAACCUCUAACUUUCCUUAAGAUCCACGAGGCCGGGCGCCUGGUCCCCAUGGAUCAACCCAAGGUUGCGUUAGAGAUGUUGACGAGGUGGCUGCAAGGAAAAUUAACCCAUCACGACAAGAGGAACAAUAAUGCCUAG